CGCCUCAAAUCUCUAGUCUCAAUACUUAAAAAGCCCCUGAUCCUGGUCAAGACUCUUCUCUAGUCUCAAUGUCUUCUUCCACCUCAAAUCUCUCCCUCUAUUUCUCUCUGCUAUUAUUCUCCACUCUCCUCUCUUCAUUAACCCAUGCUUCAACCUCAUCUCAAGAGCUUCUAGAAUCUGCUCAAAAACCCGAGUUCUUCGAGUGGUUGAAGAGCACAAGGAGAAAAAUCCACCAAAACCCAGAACUUGCUUGUCAAGAAUUUGAGACCAGUGAGCUCAUAAGAUCGGAGCUCGAUGCGAUGGGAAUUGAGUAUUUAUGGCCUGUUGCUAAAACUGGAGUUGUUGCUUCAAUUGGGAGUGAGGAUGGUCCCAAGUUUGGGCUCAGAGCUGACAUGGAUGCGCUUGCUCUUCAGGAACUAGUAGAUUGGAAGUAUAAGAGCAAGCAAAGUGGAAAAAUGCAUGCCUGUGGUCAUGAUACUCAUGUUACCAUGCUUCUUGGUGCUGCCAAGUUGUUGCAACGUAAUAAGAAUAAUCUCAAGGGUUCUGUGAAGCUCGUUUUCCAACCGGCUGAAGAGGGCCUAGCUGGCGGUUAUCAUGUGCUACAAGAAGGUGUUUUGGACGAUUUAGAGGGCAUAUUUUGUAUCCAUGUUGAUCCAAGAAUUCCAACAGGGAGCAUUUCCUCUAGGCCUGGGCCUUAUCUUGCAGCAUCUGGUCGUUUUGUAGCAACUAUUAGAGGAAAAGGUGGGCAUGCAGCUUUUCCACACAAAGCAGUUGAUCCACUUGUAGCUGCAUCUUUUGCAAUUCUAAGUCUUCAGCAGCUUAUAUCUCGGGAAUCAGAUCCUCAUGAAAGCAAUGUAGUAGCAGUUGGAUUUGUAGAGGGUGGAAGUGCUUUCAACAUUAUCCCAGAAACUGUGACCUUUGGAGGAACUUUCAGGAGCUUAUCCACAGAGGGUCUCUAUCAUCUCAUGAAACGCAUCAGAGAGGUCAUCGAGGCACAAUCUUUGGUCCACCAAUGUACCGCCGAAGUGGACUUCAUGGAAAAGACUCACCGACCAUAUCCUGUGACUUUCAACGACGAAGGCAUUUACAAGCAUGCGAAGAGAGUUGGAGAGGGCCUAUUUGGUGAAGCCAACUUUGGGCUUAGCCCAUUGGUUAUGGGAGCAGAGGACUUCAGCUUCUAUACACAGAAAAUGCCCGGUGCAGGAUUCAACAUUGGCAUUAGAAAUGAGUCCAUUGGAUCAGUCCAUGACUUGCAUUCACCAUAUUUCUUUGUGGAUGAGGAGGCACUUCCGAUGGGUGCUGCUUUUCACGCUGCCGUUGCAUUGGCGUAUCUAGAUCGUUCCUCAGACGUGUAGAUGUCGAAGGCACGAAAUUAAGACAUUGAGAGUGAUUGGUAAAAAACACUGAAUGUAAUCGUCAGCUUAUUUUAAGUGACAGAAGGUUGUGAGGAUGCAUUUGGUAAAAUGUUUCCUCUGAUUAUGGGGGUUAUGGAUUGCAAUAGUUAUUGAAUAAUCUGGAGGGUGAUGUAAAAUGAGAUUCAAGAAAAAAAUAUUUCGGUUUGGGUUGUUA